AUGUAUGGUCGCUACACACAGGAACUGGGGGUGUAUGCUAAAGAAGAGGCAGCUCGCCUGAGGGAAGAGGGGGGGCGGAGGCGCUCGGUCACAGAACGCUCACGCUCCCUGGAACUCCUUGAGUACGACAAGGGCCGCUGCGCCAAGUGUCGCAUCUGUACGGUGCGCUGUCAGAAGUUCCUCAUCUCUCGUGUUGGUGAAGACUGGAUCUUCCUCAUCCUUCUCGGUCUACUCAUGGCUCUGGUCAGCUGGGUGGUUGACUUCGCUAUCGCCAUCUGUCUACAAGCACAGAAGUGGAUGUACGGAGGCCUGGAGAGUAAUGUGUUUCUCCAAUACCUGGCCUGGGUCACCUACCCUGUGGUGCUCAUCACCUUCUCAGCUGGCUUCACACAGAUACUGGCCCCACAGGCCGUAGGUUCAGGUAUCCCAGAGAUGAAGACCAUUCUGAGGGGUGUAGUGCUGAAAGAAUACCUCACCUUUAAAACCUUUGUGGCCAAAGUGAUCGGCCUCACCUGUGCCCUGGGCAGUGGCAUGCCUCUGGGAAAGGAGGGUCCGUUUGUUCACAUUGCCAGUCUGUGUGCUGCACUCCUCAGCAAGUUCAUGUCUCUGUUUGGUGGAAUCUACGAGAAUGAGUCGAGGAACAUUGAGAUGUUGGCAGCUGCUUGUGCUGUGGGGGUCGGCUGCUGUUUCGCUGCCCCUAUUGGAGGUGUGCUGUUCAGUAUUGAGGUAACGUCUACGUUCUUUGCGGUGAGGAAUUACUGGAGAGGGUUCUUCGCUGCUACCUUCAGUGCCUUCAUCUUCAGAGUCCUGGCCGUGUGGAAUAAAGACGAGGAGACCAUCACAGCUCUGUUUAAAACCCGUUUCCGUCUGGACUUCCCCUUUGACCUCCAGGAGCUCCCAGCCUUCGCUGUCAUUGGUAUUGCCAGUGGUUUUGGCGGUGCAUUAUUUGUCUACCUGAACAGACUGAUAGUCCAGUUCAUCAGAAAACAGAAGACCAUCAACAAGUUCCUCAUGAAGAAGCGUCUGCUGUAUCCAGCCCUGGUCACUCUGCUGGUGUCUACGCUAACAUUUCCCCCCGGCUUCGGACAGUUCAUGGCAGGAAAGCUGACCCAGAAGGAGUCCCUGGUGACGUUGCUAGACAACCGGACAUGGGCCAAGCAGGGCAUAGCCGAGGGGUUUGACUACAUCGGCAACUCCCAGGCCUGGAAUCACCCCCAGGUCAAUGUCUUUGUCACCCUCGUCCUCUUCAUCGUAAUGAAGUUCUGGAUGUCUGCUCUGGCCACCACCAUUCCUGUGCCAUGUGGAGCCUUCAUGCCCGUCUUCGUCAUUGGGGCAGCGUUUGGCCGUCUGGUCGGGGAGAGCAUGGCUGCCUGGUUCCCUGAUGGCAUCCACUCUGAUGGCACCAUCUACCCCAUAGUGCCAGGAGGGUAUGCCGUUGUGGGUGCGGCAGCCCUGUCUGGAGCGGUGACCCACACGGUGUCGACAGCGGUCAUUGUGUUUGAGCUGACGGGUCAGAUCAGCCACAUCCUGCCGGUGAUGAUAGCGGUAAUACUGGCCAACGCCGUGGCCCAGUCCCUCCAGCCCUCGCUAUAUGACUCCAUCAUCAGGAUCAAGAAACUACCCUACCUCCCUGAGCUGGGCUGGGGACACCACGAGAAGUAUAAUAUUCGUGUGGAGGACAUCAUGAUCAGGGAUGUGACCUACAUCACCCUCAACUGCUGCUACAGAGACCUGCAUGAUGUACUGCUGGCUGGACACCUCAAGACCCUGGCCCUGCUCGAGUCCAGUGAGUCGAUGAUCCUGCUGGGUUCUAUUGAGCGUGCCCAGCUCCAGGCCCUCCUGUCCCUACAGCUGGGCCGGCCACGGAGACUGGAGUACCUGAGAGACCGGGCUACUGCUGAGAAGAAGCGCUUGUCGAUGAUUUCCCAUCCGGGCAGCGAGGACGGCUCCCAGAGGGUUAACCAGGAGGUCCGGUUCCAGAUCUCGACAGAGGAGUCUACCUUCAGUCCCACCCCUACCCCCUCUAUGAAGCCACUGAAGCCAGCCCUGAAGAGACCCUCUGUGGUGGAUCGCCCCACUGGGAUACCCAUACCCACAAGUCCACAGGACCACUCUAGCAGCACCUUAAAGAAUCUCUUCUGUGUCAACCCUGAGACAGAAGGCCUGGAGAACAAGAAUGUCAACAUCAACAUAGAGGGCACUGCGACUCCUGAGUUUAGGAGUCCACCCAAGCGUGUCCGGAUAUCCGUCGUGGAUGACUUCGAUGUGGAUGAUGACAUGACCAUCAGAGAGAUUGCAGAGUGGGAGGAGAACCAGCUUGACGAGCAUGUGAACUUUGACAACUGCAAGAUCGACCCUGCCCCCUUCCAACUGGUGGAGCGCACCUCACUACAUAAGACCCACACCAUCUUCUCUCUGCUUGGGUUGGACCAUGCCUAUGUCACCAGCAUCGGACGACUCAUUGGAGUGGUGUCCCUCAAAGAGCUGCGGAAGGCCAUCGAGGGCUCUGUGGCGGUAAAGGGGGUGAAGGUGCGCCCCCCUCUGUCCAGUUUCCGGGACAGUGGCACCAGCGGCACCAGCAGCAGCAAUAGCGAGAACGAAGCCACAGAGCUCCACAAGCUGUGGGACCGUCACAAGUCCAUGUCCCUCCCCCGGGAGCACCUGGCCUCCGACUCUGAUGAGAAGUCCCAGUGAGGGGGAUGGGGACAGGGGGAUGGGAUGGUGACGGGUGUGUUGGAGGGUAGAGGAGUAUGAGGAGCGUAGACCCCCCCGCCCCACCUCAAAACCACAACCGAUGCUGCAACCUCAGGGCUUGGAUCAAUACUAAAUUCUGGAAAAUAAAGUUCUCUCCUCCUCCUCUCCUAACCUUCCUUUCCAUCCCUCUCUCCUUUACCCCUCCUCCCAGUGGGCUUUUGGGCCCUGCACUUACUCAACUCUUGAGGCUGAGGGAUGGACUCUGCUCUCGCCCCAACCAGAACAGAAGAAAUCUGGGUGUUAGGGAGGGGAGAGGAGUGUCACUGUUUAACAAACGUGGUCAGAACAAAAUGUAUAGAAUGUGGUUUGACUAUAAAAGGGAUUUCAUUUUUAUUCUUUUUUAUAGCAACUUGGGUAAUGGUGAGGAAAUGUUCAAAGUUUGUUUUCAUUUUGUGGACCUGUAAACAUUUCUUUCUGACCAGUCUUCCAUAUACAGACGGUUCUACGGUGAUAAGAAGAUAGGCUUGUGUACCGGUAAAGAUGUGAGUGUGUGUAUUGAGCGCAUGGACGUUUUGGUUUGUAUGUAUUUACACGAAGAAGGUAGCGAAACCAACCACCUGAUUUAAUCACUUUGUGAUUUGAAUCUUCUUAUCAGACACAUUUCAAUCUUAUCAUUCCAGCUCUGUCCUAUUUUGUUCCCGUCUGUACUACUAUGGCUGACCCAGUAAAACAACACAUUUCACUCUACCUAUCCAGUGUAUGGGACGAUGCAACAGCUAUAUUUAUGUCUUAUUUUUUGUCCUUGCCUCUGUAGAAAGAACCACAUACUGUUCUGGUCUCACAUUGGGAGACAUCUUCACCUCUCUCUCUCUCUCUCUCUCUCUCUCUCUCUCUCUCUCUCUCUCUCUCUCUCUCUCUCUCUCUCUCUCUCUCUCUCUCUCUCUCUCUCUCUCUCUCUCUCUCUCACUUUUUUCUGGGUUGCAUUUGUGAGUGAGUCUGGGUGAGAGAAUAGUCUACUCUAUGCAAACAGAUGUACAGUAUGUAUGUAGGAAUUCUGUAGAAUGGUGAACGCAUGUGUGCUAUUAACUCCUUUAAGAAAACACGGCUUCAAACACACGCGCACACACAUACACACACAGGUUUUAAUAAGAGCCAGUCUGCACACUCCAAGAGAAGAGGGUUUUCUCUAAAUAUAGCUCUUAAUAACCCUGACUGAGUGUGUUGGGCUAGGGAGGGAGGGAGGAAGAGAGGAAGAAGGAACGGGGGAAGAGAGAGUGAAUGGACGGCUGAAAGAUGACAGGAUGAAAGCUUUUCAGUUAUCUAAUCUCCUGCUUUAGGGUGUUUUUCUUCAAUCAAACCCAGGGUAGCUUUCUGGUUGGCCAACUUCACAUCCCCGCUGUAUAUGCCUAUUGUCCAGUAACACUUUGGUGAUCAGAGUAGGGUCAGACCCAGACCACAUAUAGCCAGUUUGAUUAAUGCUGUAAGGUAGCCAACUGACUGAAACUAGAUAUCUGAACUAACUGUCUAAUGACAAACACUAUAGCCCAUGCAUACUGACCAAUAAGAAACCGUCAGCAUUACCGAUCAGUGUUCUAUACAUAACCAAUGACAAAGCACUCCAUUCCUGCUACAGUAUGACUUAUCAAUAGGCCUACUGAUGUAUAGCGCAGCCUAGAGAAGGUCUAGUUAGAUGGUUAGGAGUCUGACCUCUGUGCUUUUUACUUAUUCAUGUAUUUUCCUCACGACUGUCUCUGGCUUAAUGUGCUGCAUGGUUUCCUUAGUCAUUUGAAUGUAUUUAACUUUUAAUUAUGUUUCGCUUGGUGAUAGAAGCUCCAUACUGCACAAGCCCAGUGUGCAGCUUCCAAUCAGAUCUCACACACUCCCUCACUGAAUUGUGGGUCAAUAUAUAUAUAUAUAUUUACAUUUACAUUUACAUUUAAGUCAUUUAGCAGACGCUCUUAUCCAGAGCGACUUACAAUAUAUAUUUUGUUAGUAUGGCCACUAGUCAUUUUCUUUCCGUCUUGCUCUUUCGCUCUCUCUCUCUCUCUCUGAUGAUUAUCAGGCAGGGGUCAUUUUGUGUCAUCUUUCUUUCUCUCUUCUUUGUAAUGUUUGCACUGAAAGGCCUGAUGCCUCUGAAAAGGACUGAGCAGAGUCACUUCCUGUGUCAGACACUCCUUCCACCUGCAGUUGUUGUUAUUUUGAUUUUACUGCUGUUUUCUGCCAGUGACGUCAAGAUUUCUGCUCACAUAUGCAAAUCGAGUGCAUCUGGCUGGUUAUACACAUUCAGGUGCCUUAUUCAGUGCCACAUUGAACAAAGUACACACACACACUGACAUUUCAACCACCUGGAUGUGUUAUUGCAUGAAAAGGUUUUAUUUUCAGUGGUGAGUUAUUGCCUUGUUCACUGCCACUGAAAAGAAAAGACACACACUAACCUCUUCAGACUGACAUGCCCAUCCUCACAUGCAGGGACACUCACACACCUUGAGUGACAGCAUGGCUUUGCAUGAAGGAGUGCAUGUGACUUUGAAGGCUGUGUUUUUAUAUUGUUAGAAUUAUGACCAGAAAAAGAUAGAAAAUAUGAGGAGAAAUAUGCUCUUGUGUAUAUCAUUUUAAUGGACAAUGUCAUGAUGAUAAUGAUGGCUAUUUUUUAAAUAUGUUGUUUUUAUCCUCCUUUAUUUGGUGUUUUCUCAUUGAAUUCAUUUUGAUCUAGGUUUGAUUGGCAUCAUGCAUUCAUACAAUGAGCUUUAUUCAUGACUUAUUUUGGGAAAGGGGACAGAGCUUUUUGGGGAGGCGUGAAUUUAAAACUUUGCUAUAGGUUUACAGAUUUAAUAUAUUUAACAUAUCAUGGCUGUAAUAUAUGAUCAUUACUAUCUAUCAAGUUGCUCGUCCUGCAACUCCUUUUUAGUUUUUGUUGCAUAUUGCUCUUCCAUGUCUGAUUGUUAUUAAAAGGUCCAAUGCUCAAUGUUUUUCCAGCCUUGCAGCAUGUCCCCAACAUUUCUACAUGGUUAUAUAUGUCAUUUGUAUGAUGCAAGUAACACUAUAACACUAGCAGAAUGAGACCCACUCUCUGAAGUAGCAGGAACAUUUAAGGAAUGUUCAAAUCAUUUUUAAAGGACCCAUGGGUGUUCUAAUGCCCUGUGGUCCGUAUGACAUCAUCAUUUCACAAGUGCCUACAUCAUCUCAGGCCUCUGCAUGGUAACAGGAGUAGGAUAGGUUCUCUCUGUAAAUUAAUGUGAUAUGUUUAAGGGAUAGUAAUGUCUACCCAUGUCUCUGCAUUUGAUAGUAGUCAUUCAUACAUACACACACACACACACACACACACACACACACACACACACACACACACACACACACACACACACACACACACACACACACA